GGACUGUCGAGCAUUCUUGUUAUAUUUCCGCAUUUAUUUUGGACCAAACAAUCAACAAACAUUCUUUAAUUUUACAUUUAUAUACAUAUUAUCAGAGUAGUACAAAAAUAUUUUUCAAAAAUGUUUUAAAACUCCAGUUUAGAUCAGUGAUGCAGAAGUUCCGAAAUUUCUGUGGAACCGGUUACUGUUCUGGAACUGCUUUUUUAAUUUUGGCGGUUCCAGUUCCAAAUUUUUUUAGCUAUUUUAAUAGAAAAUUUAUUUUUUUCAUGAAUAAGGGGCAGAUCAAUUAUAUUGAUAAUGUAAUCAACUGUUAAGUUGUAUCAAUAAUAGGGUUGUUGACUCCACCAAAUUCUUCGGUUAACCGAAACCGAACCGAUUUAUAGGGAUUUAGGGCUAGUUCAAGGGAUUUCAGUGAUUUAGAGGGAUAUUAAGGAUUUUGGAUUUGAAGGGAUAGGCGGGAUAUUGUUUUUGUUUUUUCCAACCCCAAUACUAAUGUUUCUAGUUGAAGAUCCGGAGUUCGAUUCGUCUCGACGAGCUGAGUCGAACUCACUACUUUAGGAAAUAAUUCUGGAC